UUCUGUGAUGAAAUGAAUGUGUCGACUCUCCCACGUGGGCCGAUACAGGAACCUCAGCUUACCGAUGCAGUCUCGAAGACCUUUUCGGAGUGCCUGCAAGUCCUGGUUCAGGGCAGGACUAUCAAAGCCCCUUUCGGAGUGCCUGCAAGUCCUGGUUCAGGGCAGGACUAAUUUACUUGCACAUGCGCUGUUAGAUGAACGUUGAUUGACUGGGAUUGUUUUCAGCUGCUCAGGCUCCUCCCCCUGCAGGUGAGAGGGUGAGUCACUUCCUCGUGUGAUGAUGAAGGAGUGAGACAGCAGACGAGAGAGCAACCCGGACAUGCGCAGAAGCCUGGACCAAGGCGUGUUGUUAUUGUGCUGUGGCGACAUCUUGUGGACGACUUAGGACACUGCAUGGGCCAUUAUUUUGGGGUUGAGCGCUAUGAAAGAGGUUUAGUUAGUGUGGAUGGCAUCCAUGUAGCCUCCCUGCACAUUUGCUGCGCUUGCUGCUGAAAUGUGUGAGCUGACAGAGCGCGUGCAGUACUGGCCUGCAGACAGCAGAGGUGCUGUCCACCCACUCUCGAGUCCUGACCACAGAAGACCAACAUUGUGUCUGCAGGCACCGUCAGACAGACAUUCUCCUGCGUUGGCGUUCCCACCAUGCAAGAAUGCGGAAAGCGGCAGAAGCGGCGUGCAGUGGAUGUGAUCAGCAGAGUCCCUGACCAGGUACAAGUCCAUGGACCUGGGCGUGUCCCAGAGUCAUCCAGGCCCAGACUGGGCGAUGCUGGCCCCACAGCGGCCCUCGUCACUGGGACCCUUCACCUCCCAGAACUGCUCCCAGUUCUCCCAGCCGGGCUUGCAGUACCCAGAACACAUGCAAGGAGAGAUGGACGAAGAGCUGAAUCAGCUCGUAAGGAAGAGUAAAAAUGAACAGAGUGCCGUGUCCAGUCCCCUGGUCCGGCAGAAACUGCGGGAGCACAUCAUCAUGAAGAAGCAGCCCGCUCACCACCAACGCAGCAGUCCUGCGCCCGGACACACGCACCCGCUUGGAGAGAUGGCUCGGUCCACACCUGCCGACACCCAGCGGAAGGAACUACGCAGAACAGUCUCUGAGCCGACGCUGAAGUGGAAGUUAAAGAAGCUGAUCAGCACCCGGCCAAAUCCCCUGCAGAGAAAGAUUAGCGCCCCUCCUGCUGUCAAGGACAAGGCAGAAACUCAGGAAUCUUCUCCCAGCAGCACUCCGGCCUGGGACUGGAGUUCUCCCAGCGACAGCCUGCAGUCAGACGAUGGAGUCCUGUCCCUGGCUCACGAGGCACAGAGGCUUCUGCUGAAGGAUGGUAGAUUGGCCCACUUCGCCUCGCCCACCACCCCCACCGCCGUGCCCAACAUCACAGCGGGACUACCUGCACAGGCUGACCCACGCCUAUCCAGGACUUUGGCCACAUCCGCUCUGCCUCAAGUCUACUUACCUCUCCAUGGAGCUUUUCCAGCGCAGACUCAGGGCCUGCAGCCCGUGUUCAUCGUGGAGCCUCACACUGGACUUAUACACUCCCACUUCAUCUCCUAUCCAGGUUUGAGUCCGCCUCUGCAGCAGCGAGCUCACUUGGCCUCCCCGAAGAGAACCUUCCCCUCCCACCAGCCCUUGGGGCGAACCCGCUCGGAACCUCCUCCCUACAGCACCUCGCACGUCGGCCUCUUUGUUCCCGGCCAGAACCAGCCGUGCCACAAGUUCAAGCAGAACUCCCACCUGAGCAAGAUCCCGUCAGAGGACAUGGACCUGGAGGAGAUCGGGUCCGAGUGUGGCUCCGAGGUGGGCUCCGUUUGUGAGGACAACUACCGCAGGAGGCGGAGCACCACCAGCGUGGACUCGGUGUACGACACCGAGUCCACCACCUCGUCCCGGGAGAGCUUGAUUGAGACCUCGCAUCCUGUGGGCCAGAGGCAGGUGGCCCACAGACCAGGACUCCACAUGGACUCCCCUAACGUUCCUGUCCUGAUGUGGUCUCACCAGCCCCUGGUCCGGACCCAGUCCUCCCCCGCCUCCACCUCCCUGCCUGUGCCCGUCUCCUUGUCCUUGUCCUUGUCCAGUCCUGCUGCAGAUGUCCAGCUGCGCUUCACCACUGGCCUGGUUUACGACGCUCAGAUGCAGAAGCACCAGUGCACCUGUGGGGACCACAGCUGCCAUCCAGAGCAUCCUGGCAGAGUCCACAGCAUUUGGUCCCGACUGCAGGAGAGGGGACUGCGCAGCCAGUGUGAGCACAUUGUCGGUAGGAAGGCCUCCCUGGAGGAGCUCCAGUCGGUCCAUUCAGAGAAACAUGUGCUCCAGUACGGCACCAACCCUCUGCACCGCCUCAAGCUGGACAACCCAAAGUUGGCUCGAAUCUUGGCUCAAAGGAGCUUUGUGAUGUUACCGUGUGGAGGAGUGGGGGUGGACAAUGAUACCGUCUGGAACGAGCUCCACACGGCGGCUGCUUCUCGGAUGGCUGCAGGCUGCGUCGUCCAGCUGGCGCUGAAGGUCGCACAAGGAGAGCUGAAGAACGGCUUUGCGGUGGUGAGGCCGCCUGGUCACCAUGCAACACACUCCUCUCCUCUGGGCUUCUGUUUCUUCAACUCUGUCGCCAUCGCUGCCAAGCAACUGCAGCAGAAACUCAGCGUGGGCAAGAUCCUCAUCGUGGACUGGGAUGUCCACCACGGGAACGGCACCCAGGAAGCCUUCUAUAACGACCCGAGUGUCCUCUACAUCUCCAUACAUCGCUACGAUAACGGCAACUUCUUCCCCGGAGGUGGACAUCCGAAUGAGGUCGGUGCAGGGCCCGGCGAGGGCUUCAACGUGAACGUUGGCUGGACCAGCAGUCUGACAUCUUCCAUGGGCGAUGCUGAGUACUUGGCAGCUUUUAGAGCCGUGGUGAUGCCCAUCGCCCAUGAGUUCUCCCCCGACAUGGUGCUGGUGUCCGCGGGCUUCGAUGCGGUGGAAGGUCACCCGGCGUCCCUGGGAGGCUACACGGUCACAGCCAAGUGUUUCGGCUUCCUGACCCGACAGCUGAUGUCCCUGGCCGGGGGUCGGCUGGUUCUGGCUCUGGAGGGAGGACACGACCUGAAGGCCAUCUGCGACGCCUCUGAAGCCUGCGUCAGCGCCUUGUUGGGACUGGAGGUGGAACCUCUGGCCCAGUCCGUGUUGGACAGGAAGCCCAGCGACCACGCCGUGCAGUCCCUGCUGAGUGUCAUCCAGGUGCAAGGUGAGUACUGGCAGAGUGUGAAGGACUCUGCAUCCACCGUGCAGCUGUCCUACCUGCAGGCUCAGAGGUCGUGGCAGAGGUCAGACUCGGACAGCGAGGCAGUGGACGCCAUGGCAACCUUGUCCAUGACCUCGGACCUUCAGGCUCCACCUUCAGCUCCUGACCGAGGACCUCCUUCCUGAUCCAAGUCAUUCCAGAAGUUCUAAAUGUUCCUCACACCACCUGCCGGGUCAAAGGUCGUCCCCGAUGAUGUCACCUUUUGCACUCCAAACCUUUUUUCUCCUGGACGACGUCCAGCAUCACGUCACCCUCUGCUCUGACAAGAUGGAGGAUUGUGGUCCAUGUUCCUUGGACUUGAGGACCAGCAAUGUGCUGGACUUCUUCGUAAAGGGGAACUGCACUCUUUCAACUUUCUACCUGUCAAUCACAAUCAUCAAGUAAGACAACAACACACCUUCAUGCUCAAAAUAAUGUUCUAAACACACCGAUGCUAAGUCUGCUUACAAUUCUGCCUGUGAACCCUUAAAUAUAUAUGUAGUAUCUAGUAACAUUCAUAAUAACAUGUAAUAUAUACAUGAUGUAAGUAUAUAUGUAGUAUUUAGUAACAUUCAUAAUGAUGUAAGUAUGUAUGUCAUGUAGUAACAAUCAUAAUAACAUGUAAUAUAUACAUGAUGUAAGUAUAUAUGUAGUAUCUAGUAACAUUCAUAAUAACAUGUAAUAUAUACAUGAUGUAAGUAUAUAUGUAAUAUCUAGUAACAUUCAUAAUGAUGUAAGUAUGUAUGUCAUGUAGUAACAAUCAUAAUAACAUGUAAUAUAUACAUGAUGUAAGUAUAUAUGUAGUAUCUAGUAACAUUCAUAAUAACAUGUAAUAUAUACAUGAUGUAAGUAUAUAUGUAGUAUUUAGUAACAUUCAUAAUGAUGUAAGUAUGUAUGUCAUGUAGUAACAAUCAUAAUAACAUGUAAUAUAUACAUGAUGUAAGUAUAUAUGUAGUAUCUAGUAACAUUCAUAAUAACAUGUAAUAUAUACAUGAUGUAAGUAUAUAUGUAAUAUCUAGUAACAUUCAUAAUAUAUGUAAUAUAUACAUGAUGUAAGUAUAUAUGUCAUGUAGUAACUUUCAUAACAUGUAAUAUAUAAAUGGUGUAAGUAUAUAUGUAAUAUCUAGUAACAUUCAUAAUAACAUGUAAUAUAUACAUGAUGUAAGUACAUAUGUAAUAUCUAGUAACAUUCAUAAUAACAUGUUAUAUAUACAUGAUGUAAGUAUAUAUGUAGUAUCUAGUAACAUUCAUAAUAACAUGUAAUAUAAACAUGAUGUAAGUAUAUAUGUAAUAUCUAGUAACAUUCAUAAUAACAUGUUGUAUAUACAUGAUGUAAGUAUAUAUGUAGUAUCUAGUAACAUUCAUAAUAAUGUGUAAUAUAUACAUGAUGUAAGUAUAUAUGUAGUAUCCAAUAACAUUCAUAAUAUAUGUAAUAUAUGCAUGAUGUAAGUAUAUAUGUCAUGUAGUAACUUUCAUAAUCUAUACAUGAUGUUAGUAUGUAUAUGUACGUGUAUAUAUAAAUGCAUGUAUACAUGUGUAUAUAUCUAAAUGUACAGUGUGUGUGUGUGU